CCUUUCCUAGCUUCUCCCCAUUCUGUCCAUGUCCGCCAUACUCAGACAGAGCAGACCGUUAACGGACACAGAGCUGGCAUAAGGCCACGUUGAACCAUCACAUUGAACCAUCACGUUGAACCAUUACAAUGGCGGUAAGCUCUCUUCGACGGCGCAGGAACUCCCACUGACACGUGACAGCUCCCUCUUGUAAACAACGUCAUGCAAUGGCUACAUCCACGCUUUCUACCCGCCUCGCUGGACCUUGUUGGUCUGAUCUUCCUUGCCGACCUCGACAUUGCCGCCCGGAACAUAGCCAUCAACGGUCAGGCCUCGCUGCUGGAUGCGCUGAUCCUCUGCCCGAGUCUCCACAGAGUGCAAAACGCACCAUUUCUUAGCAAAGGCGAGUACCCAGCAUGUGCUGCCAUGACUUCUGGCUAUGUCUUCCGAGUCGAGAACGAGGCCACCGUACUGUACCUCCAGCGUGUAAGCAAGACUGGCCACCUAACGACUCUGCGGGUUACGGAUGACAGUGUCUCUGCGUCACCAACGAAAUCCAGAACUGCGCUCGCUUAUACCAUCGCGGCAACAAUGUCCAUACUUACUCUCAUUGACAUGCUCCGAACCGGCGGCUCUUGGCUCGUACUAGUGCUCAGCCUUCUGUAUUUGUCUAACCUUGCGAACGUUCUGAUCAUGCAAAGGCGCUCAACCGAAUGGCACGGACAGAGUGAGCCGGGCGUCGAAGGAGACCUACUUGUACUCCUAUCACAAGACCGCUGGAUCCGGAUCCGGGGCAUGGUGGACGACCUCAAGGCUGUGACCUCGGGACAAUGGAUCCGAAAUCUAUCCCCUAUGGAAAGCUACAUUGUCCAGACUGGCACGAUACUACUCUACGUGGCUGCAAUCCUGGCCAAGAACAUAGACGAACGUGGGAAGUGGUUCAUCUUGAUGCAGAUGGUUACUACGACAAUAUUGCUGACAGUGGCGAACGAGCGCACGACUGUGCUGAGAAUGAAUGGCAGGACUGUCAAGGUCGAUGGUGUGCCUAAGCAGUACAUCCGAAGACUCGACCUCGCGCACGAGAUGAUCGCGGAGCACGAUGGGCGCAAGGAUUGGGCUGUACGCUUGGGCAUGGUGCAAGGAGACAACGGAGCUGACCCGCCAGCCACGAUGUGAAGGUUCAAGCGGUAUUCACCCACAAUAUAAGUACCGUCUAUGCAUAUAUCCUCAUUACG